ACUUUGAGAAACACUGUAGUGUUCUGAGUGUUUGUCAGGGGGUUUGUUGUGUGUCAGAGUUCUGUGGAUCCAAACCUUCAGUUUCUGUUGAUCUCCUCUCUGCUUCUCCCUGGAGACGAUGGACGAGGAGAAAGGAGGGAGGAACCAGAAAGCAGGAGAAAGGAGGGAGGAACCAGAGGGCAGGAGAAAGGAGUGCAGGAGAAAGGAAGGAGGAAACAGGAGAAAGGAGGGAGGAAAGGAGGGAGGAAACAAGGGAGGAAACAGAGUACACUUCAUUCACAUGUUAUCGUGUAAUAAAUAAUAUCCACGCUGUGACUCUGAUCUUUAUUAACAUCCUCUCUGCUCAACAACCAGUGUGUUCUUUACAAAUCAUUAGAAAACUGUACAGUACCAAAGCACAUAGAAAAGGACUCCAUGAAGGAUCCUUCCUCCUCCUCCUCUCUAGACCUCAGGAGCAAGGACUCCAUGAAGGAUCCUUCCUCCUCCUCCUCUCUAGACCUCAGGAACAAGGACUCCAUGAAGGAUCCUUCCUCCUCCUCCUCUCUAGACCUCAGGGACAAGGACUCCAUGAAGGAUCCUUCCUCCUCCUCCUCUCUAGACCUCAGGAACAAGGACUCCAUGAAGGAUCCUUCCUCCUCCUCCUCUCUAGACCUCAGGGACAAGGACUCCAUGAAGGAUCCUUCCUCCUCCUCCUCUCUAGACCUCAGGAACAAGGACUCCAUGAAGGAUCCUUCCUCCUCCUCUCUAGACCUCAGGAGCAAGGACUCAGCAGAUCACACGUCUAAAGAACAGGAGCCUCACGCUGCAUGCAGCCGCUUCAGAAAGAGAGAGCUCUUCACACCAGGAGUAUUCACUGACAGGUCAUAGGGUCACUAUCUCUUCAGCUUGAGUUCACCACAGACCUUAUUUCAGGGUCACCACAAACACAUUCAGAGAACCAUUGACCUCCGGACCAGGGGACAGGAAGUGACAGACACUUCUUCAAUACAUAGAUAUAUACUUAUAUUCUGUUGAAGUCUCUUAAAUAUUGAAGUUUCACAGAAAGGUUUGGGUUAAAGGUCUUUUCUGUUUCACAUGAGUUUAUAUUUGAGCCGCCACAGAUCUACUUUGGAGACAGCUGUUGUCCUGUGGGGUCAAUGGUUGGAGAUAUUCACAUCAUUGAUCUGACUUCCUGUAACCUAGAGCAGUGCUUCUCAAAGUGUGGUCCGCGGACCACUGGUGGUCCGUGAGCGCCCCCUAGUGGUCCGUGAGUA